UUCAGUUAUGGACAAGUUGGAGAUACACACGACGGUAGUUUUGAAAUUUCUCAGAUUUGGAAUGCUAUAUUGCAUGAUUUACUGUUAUUUGAAAAUCAAUUUCCUUUUGAUAUCCUUGUCAAGUUAUUUGACAUGGCAAAAGAUUCAAACCAACAAAGCGCACCAGACAACAUAGUUGACAUAGCCCUCUCCUCUUUAGCUAAAUUGGUUCCAUAUUUUGGGAAUUUUCCUCCUUCCAAGAUUCCACCAAAUAAUGUGGAUCAUCUUCUGGGCCUCGUACACGACAGCUGGUGUUCCUCAUUUGCUGAAAUUGUGUCCUCUCCUGGGAAUAUUUAUGCAAGCCAAGGAAGUAAAUGGAGGGUCAUAAAAUGUGCCACAGAGCUUCAAGAAGUUGGGAUUAAAUUCGAGACGGCUACAGAAAGUUCCUCUUUGUUUGAUAUAAAGUUCAAAAAUGGAAUCAUGAGAAUUCCUCCACUGCAAAUAGAUGAUGAUACAGAGUGGUUCUUCAGGAACAUGGUUGCAUACGAGCAAUAUAAACGGGGAACCAACGCACACUAUGUGACUGACUAUAUGACUUUUAUAGAUUGCCUCCUCGAUUCCCCAAAGGAUGUCAAAAUACUUCGUGAUUGUGGAGUUAUUGAUAACGGCUUGGGUGAUGAUAGAGUCGUCUCUAACAUGUUCAUCAAAAUGACCAAUCAUGUCAACGUAUGUGCUGCAAGGUUCUGUUACUCGAAAGUUUUUAAUCGCGUUAACGAGUACUGUGGACAUCCUUGGCGUACAUGGAUGGCUAAUUUAAAGCACAAUUAUUUCAACAACCCGUGGUCUAUCAUUUCAGUCAUCGGUGCUUUUGUGUUGUUGGUACUCACUGUGAUACAAACUAUUUAUUCUAUCUUACAUGGCUAG